AUGGCGCUGGAUGGCCCCUCGGAGCAUGCGAACGGCGAGCCAUGUCGGAAAUGGUACAAUGCCGUCCACAGUACCCCGCCAUACCAACUGGAAACCAUCACCCACGAAGGGCAUAAUCAUCCAGACGAACUCCACAGAUGGGAUUGUGCACAGUUUUGGCCUCUUGUAGGUGCUUUGAAGCCUUGGAGGGAUCCGGAAGGCGAAGUCGGCUGGGAUUGGGAUGAGUUUGAGGGCACUGUGGCGCUUUGUGGGAUGAACAAGCUGAUAAUCGGGCAAUGUACCAAUGAACACGCUUGGUCCGUUCUGUCGGACAUACAAAUAGGCAAGGAAGAUACGGCAAAGCUGUAUUCGGUCGCCUGGACAUAUCAUCCAUUCACCUGCCACCCCUUGGUAGCUGUAGGUGGAAAAACUGGGCUGAUCUGUAUCAUCGACGUCUUGACCAAAGAAGUGCUGCGGGUCCUCAAAGGGCAUGGCGACGCUGUCAACUAUCUAACGUUCGCCCCUCACCAUCCUCACAUAUUGGCGUCUUCUUCAGCAGACAGGACAACACGGGUAUGGAAUAUCCUAGGCGCCGACGCCCCGCACAACAUUCCCAUUGAAGAACUGAGUCAGAACUACCCAAUGGCCGAUGCUGAUGAGGGCACAUGUGUGGUCGCUGUCAUCGCGGGAGAAGGCAAGGGCGGACAUCAGUCUUAUGUGGUCCAUUGCGAGUUUCACCCGUCCAAAAGGGCAAUCGCCACCUGCGGCAUGGACUACAAGGUCAAGAUAUGGGCCCUGCCUCCUUUUCCCGACCCAUACCCCAUGUCUCUCCCUACGCCACGAGGUUAUCGUCCUAAGGUCCUCCAUUUCCCCAUCUUUUCGACAAGCCGCCUCGUAGCAGGUUUCUUGGACUGGGUUGGAUGGAUAUCAGACGAUAUCCUCGUCGUGCGGAGCGGAAAGGCCGUAGUGACUUGGCAGUGGCUGUCGUACCCCCGGUACUUUAGAGAGGAUGAAUUUGCUGCCUUGGGGACCGAUCCUUCGUAUGGAGAUUACAGCGAGUCUGGGUCAUUCAUGACGAUCGCUCGCUACGACAUUGGCCAAGAGCAAUGGUUUCGCAACAUUGCACAUCAUCGAGGAUUCCAUCCCCAUCCGGAAGACCUUUCCCGUUUCCCUCCCGACAAGAUGGUCACCGAAACCCUCAUUGCUUGUGCAUCCCAUGUCGAAGAAGACUUUGUUGCAAUGUCUCAGAAUGGCGAGGAGAAGAGGGUACGGAACCCCGGGUCGAUCCAUAUGUUCAACCCUUGCCUUGCCAAAGAGGCAAACGGCAAGCCGCCCGAACCUUACGUCACUCUUCGCCCAAGAACACCAGAGCUCUUCAGAAGCGGCCAUUCGCGAAAGUAUAUGGUGCCCGAGGAAGAUAUCGAAGGCGAUUUGGAUUACGACAGCGGUUUCACCGACAAUCCGUCCCUAUCCACGUGGCUACUGCAACCCGCAACCAUGACAGAGCCGGCAGAUGUUGACAAGUGGUCGAGACAAAAUCACGAAUAUGUGGGGCUUCUCAAUGUGGCUAUCAGUCCGAGGGGGGCCAAGUGGGUUGUGGGUGUCGGCAGCGGACUUUCGUUGUUUGUUUGGAAGAUAAAGGACUCUGAUAAUCUCUGA